GCCAGGCGGCGCCAUGGCGGCGGGGCGGGGUGCGGUGACGUCACGGCCACGCCGGGUGGGCCGAUGCGGCGGCAGCGGGAGCGGCACCGGGAACACCGGGAAUACCGGGAGCGGCACCGGGAACACCGGGAACACCGGGAACGGCACCGGGAGCAGCGGGAGCAGCGGGAGCCGCACCGGGCGCGCCGGUAGCACGGCGAAGGGGGGCGGCGGGAACAGCGGGAGCGCCACCAUGGAGUACGUGAGCCCCGAGCAACUCGCCGGUUUCAGCAAGUACAAGUACAGCGCCGUGGACAGCAACCCCCUGUCCCUGUACGUCAUGCAUCCCUUCUGGAAUGCCAUCGUGAAGAUCUUCCCUACCUGGCUGGCCCCAAAUUUGAUAACGUUUUCUGGCUUCCUGCUGCUUGUCUUCAACUUCUUCCUCAUGGCAUACUUCGACCCUGACUUUUAUGCUUCUGCUCCUGAUCACCAGCACGUUCCAAAUGGCGUGUGGAUCGUGGUGGGGCUCCUCAACUUCAUGGCCUACACGUUAGAUGGUGUUGACGGGAAGCAGGCACGCCGGACCAACUCCAGCACCCCCCUGGGAGAGCUCUUUGACCACGGCCUGGACAGCUGGGCCUGCGUGUACUUUGUGGUCACCGUGUACUCCACCUUCGGCCGGGGUUCCACCGGCGUCAGCGUCUUCGUCCUCUACCUCCUGCUGUGGGUGGUCUUGUUUUCUUUCAUCCUCUCCCACUGGGAGAAGUAUAACACAGGGAUUCUCUUCCUGCCCUGGGGAUAUGACAUCAGCCAGGUGACCAUUUCAAUUGUCUACAUAGUGACAGCCUUUGUGGGAGUUGAGGCCUGGUAUGCACCUUUCCUGUUUAAUUUCUUAUAUAGAGACCUAUUCACUGCAAUGAUUAUUGCCUGUGCCCUCACUGUGACCCUGCCCAUGAGCCUGUACAACUUCUACAAGGCCUAUAAAAAUAACACCUUGAAGCACCACUCUGUGUACGAAAUCCUGUUGCCCCUCGUGUCCCCGGUGUUGCUGUUCCUGCUCUGCACCACCUGGAUCUUCCUGUCCCCCACUGACAUCCUGGAGGUCCAGCCCAGGCUCUUCUAUUUCAUGGUUGGAACAGCCUUUGCCAACAUCUCUUGCCAGCUGAUCGUGUGCCAGAUGAGCAGCACACGGUGCCAGCCCCUCAACUGGAUGCUGCUCCCCAUCGCGGCCGUGCUGCUCCUGGUGGUGUCCGGGCUGGCUCCUGGCAGUGAGACGUUCCUGCUGUACCUGCUGACCGCCUUCCUCACCCUGGCACACAUCCACUACGGAGUGGUCGUGGUGAGCCAGCUGAGCAGGCACUUCAACAUCCGGCCCUUCUCCCUACGGAAGCCCACUCCGGACUGACUGGGAGCAGAGGAGGAGAAAAUCGGCCUGCGGGCUGCAGAAGGACUGUAAAUACCUGCUGCAAAUACCUGUAAAUACUUCAGCCAUCACCACAGAUCCAAACUAUCCUCUGGACAGGGCCAAGGACACGCGGGAUCCGCUGCAGCCGGGGCAGGGCUGGGGCGGGGCGGCUCCUGCUGCUCUUCCAUCCCUGCAAGCUUCGGGUUUUGGGUGGAGCUGGAGGAGGAGGAGCCUUUCAGGUCGCAGUUACUGUACCUUAGACCAGCUGAAUGUUCCCAGAGAAGCCUCUGACUCCGGCCCUUGCUCAGGGAAAGCUGCUCGGGGAUGCAAAUGCUUUACCUGAGCAAAGCACCUUGGCCUGAAACCAAAACCAAUACAGCUGAUUCCUCCAAGGGCAGGGGGACAUCCUACUGGUUGGGGUAGUUCCUGGCUGUCCCCAGUCUUGCUGUCUGGACAGCCCCUGUGCUGGGCUGGUACUUUGGGAGCAGAUGGUGACAGUUCUCCCACAUUCUGUCCUGCCUUUCUACUUUUGGGCAAACACUUGCUAGCACCUUU